GGAUUACAUAGCUUUCUGGAGUACGUAAUUUGGACGAUGAUGGUGUUUUAUAGCUUCGUCUUUGUAAAGAAAAUUACCUCAGGUAUAAGAGAAAUCAGUUUUUGAUUUAUAAAGCUAUCCGCUCGCACAGUGUUUGUAGUUUAUGACAAAAUUUUCCGACCUUUGUACAUAUUAAAUUUCGGGUGGUUUUGUCAGGAUUCUUCAAAUUUCUGAAUGGCAACUUGAAAAUCCUAUUGCAAUAAAGGACUAAAUAAUAGAUUCGUUCGGUUUAGUUGAUAUAUUUGUGGUUAUUUGUGACACAAGCGUGUUGUUAGCAAGGUUUAUUCGAAGAAGUGCUGCUAGUUAGUUGGCCCGCGUUGUCUCUGUAGAUGGCAUUCCGGUCGCGCGCCGCUAUCGCACGGACGUAUACGACGCGUUCGCCUCCGCACCACUAACCAUCCUAUCGAAACUGUUUUUUGUUCCGUAGCUUUUGAUUUCAGACGAGCGUUAACAAUAAAAAAAAUAAAAGAAAAUCGUGAGACUCGUUUCGGAGUCUGGAUAAAAUUAGUCGCGACGUACAAACGGUGGUGGUGAUAAAGGAAAGUGAUGUGAGUUGUGUGUUGUGUUGCGAUGUGUUGAGCUUUGGUUGUUGACCAUGGGAUACGCGUCGACGGGAGCGGGACGGGCGGCGCACGAAGCGCUCCUGGCCCGCCAGGACGCGGAGCUGAGGCUCAUGGAGGCGAUGAAGCGAAGCCUCCAGGCUAAGAUGAAAAGCGAUCGAGAAUACGCCCUAGCUCUCUCCGCUGCCGCUGCGCAAGGGCAGAAGAUGGAUAAAUGCGAGGAACUUAAUGGAUCCGUGAUAGCAUCUGCGUGGCGUACGAUGACUGAAGAGUGGGAGAGCACUAGCAAACUGAUAAAGGCUAAUGCAGAGGCACUGGAGUCCCGCGCCCUCGACAGGCUCACUGCUCUCAUGGCAGAGCGCAGGAAAACCAGAAAAGUCUAUCAGGAAGACCACACCAAGAUAUCUUCGCAGUUUACACAGUUGUCCGAAGAGGUGCAGAGGAAGCAGAGUGAAUACCAGAAGUGUCUGGAGUCCUACAAACAGAUGAGGACCAAGUUCGAGGAGAAUUACCUUAAAUGUCCGACAAGUAGAGGCGGUCGCAAGUUGGACGAAACCCGUGAUAAGUACAGUAAAGCGUGCCGGAGGCUGCACCGGGCGCACAACGAGUAUGUGCUGCUGCUGGCUGAGGCUACAGAGUGCGAGAGGGCGCUGAGGACGGCGGCAUUACCCGCGCUACUCGACCAGCAGAGGCGGCAGGGCGAGGCCACUGCGACCUCGUGGAAGGGGAUAUUAUUGGAAGUGGUGCAGCGAGGUGAUUUUAGCACGGAGAAGUUCAGAGAGAUCCAGAGCAAGAUCGAAACGACCGUACAAAACAUAAGGCCGCAAGAUGAGUACAAGGAAUUCCUAGAAAAGUACAGAUCACCACCAUCCACACCAGUAGUCUUUACGUUUGACGAAAGCCUAGUCGAUGAUACGAGUGGAAAGUUGCAGCCAAAUCAAUUGACCGUAGAUAACUUAACAGUCGAAUGGUUAAAAGAAAAACUCACCGAGUUAGAAUCAACCCUUCAAGACAACAGAGAGAAGCAGACUGCACUACAAGGGCCGGAGAUAAUAGGCAAUGGUGUCUGCAAGAACAAUAAUACUGGUCUUACGAAUGGGGUCAAUGGUAUUGAUAGGCAUUCACCACCACCAAUUCCUGUAACGAUAUCAGAACCAGUGAAAUUACUGGAACUCCGGGUAGCGGAGCGCAAAUGUGCCAAACAAGCGGAAAUGAUCCGGUCAGCACUCGCUGAGCUUGGGUGUGAAGAAGCGCCCAGUGGCUGCCCAGACUUAUCUGCAGAGACGGUCGGCGUGGACAGCCUGGAUGGGAGUUCACCUGAUCAUCAGGACCGUUCAUCACUCAACUCUAAAGCGUCGAUGGACACUCUGCGGUUGCAUCUCCAUUCUAUAAUACCACCGAAGCCUUUCUUCAGGAUAUUCACGAGGCCAUUCAGACGCAAAUCUGUACCUUCUAGCCCUGCGCUACCUCCUAAGACAUAUAGGAGUAGCAGCGAGGGCCCAGCCGACACGGUUAGCGUAAGUGAAACGGAGCGGACUUUAGUGGAGCAAGAGUGGUUCCACGGGGUGCUGCCGAGAGAAGAAGUAGUGAGGCUUCUACGAGCUGAUGGGGACUACCUCGUUAGAGAGACGACUAGGAACCAUGCAAGGCAGCUGGUGCUGUCUGUGUGUUGGGGACAGCAUAAACACUUCAUUGUACAGACUACGCCUGAGGGUCACUACCGGUUCGAGGGCGCGGCGUUCCCCUCAGUGGCGGAACUGAUAGCGUGGCAGCGCACUAGUGGCGUGCCGGUCACCGCGCGCUCCGGGGCGCUGCUGCGGCGAGCCGUACCGCGCGAGAACUGGGAGCUCAACAACGACGACGUGCUGCUGCUCGACAAGAUCGGCAGGGGGAACUUCGGAGACGUAUACAAAGCACGCCUGAAGACCACGGGCCAGGAGGUGGCGGUGAAGACGUGCCGCGUGGCCUUACCUGAAGAACAGAAACGCACGUUCCUGCAGGAGGGGCGGAUAUUGAAGCAAUAUCAGCACCCGAACAUCGUGCGGCUCAUCGGCAUCGCAGUGCAGAAGCAGCCCAUUAUGAUCGUCAUGGAACUCGUUUCCGGCGGUUCUCUCCUAACGUUCCUGCGAACGCGUGCGUCCACUCUGAGCUCUCGCUCGCUACUGGCGAUGUGUCGCGACGCCGCGGGCGGCAUGCGCUACCUCGAGUCCAAGAACUGCAUCCACCGCGACCUCGCCGCGCGCAACUGUCUCGUCGGCGACGACAACAUCGUCAAGAUAUCCGACUUCGGCAUGUCGAGGGAAGAGGAGGAGUAUAUAGUUUCCGGGGGCAUGAAGCAGAUACCUAUCAAAUGGACCGCGCCUGAGGCACUCAAUUUCGGAAAAUAUACUUCCCUUUGCGACGUGUGGAGCUACGGUGUGCUGAUGUGGGAGAUAUUCUCCAAAGGGGACACUCCAUACGCUGGCAUGAGCAAUUCCCGCGCCAGGGAGAAGAUCGACACUGGAUACAGAAUGCCAGCGCCAGAAGGUUGUGCGGAGGACGUAUACGCUUUGAUGCUUCGUUGCUGGGAAUAUGAGCCAGAGAAGCGACCGCACUUUCACCAGAUAUACACUAUCAUAGAUAACAUUUACAACAGAUAGCCACAGAUUAUAUGUAAAAGAAGGAAACGUGUUGAUGAGACUUUUUAAAGAAAAGUGAAAAUGGGUAAAACUACGGAAUGGAUUAUUUUGCCACAUUAUGCUGGCGUAGUGAUUGUGGCACAGGAAGGGGCACAUGAUAUAGAAAUACUUAUUACAGGAACUGUAAAUUAUGGAGAUAAAUAUCCAAUGACUUUGCCCAGCAUACUACUGGCGAACAAUACUCUGUAUAGGUGGUGUAAUUGUAAGACUUUCUUGGCCUUAUUGCAUACAAGUUAGGCAGCCAUUCUACGAGAACUUAAGAAGAAAAUGACAUUCAAAAUUUGCCUUAAUACAACAACUUUGUGGUACAACUCUCUAUCUUUUAUGCUUUACGAAUUCUUACUCUUAACUUUUAUUUUUAUUUUCAAUUUUAUUAUUUUCUGCUACGUUUUUCAUUUAUCUCGAUACUUAAAUAGUCUUGUCUGUCAAUUUCUAUGUUUUGUAAACUUUAUAAUUAUACUUUUCCCGAUGUUUCCAAAGCUUGUGUGUGUAAAUUGUUAAAAAAACAAAGAGCACGUUUGUUGCCCGGGUUACACGAGUCUAGUUUCUCAUACUAGGAUAAAUAUAGGAUACAGCUAGUGGCAGUAAGCUUUCAAGUUAGUAAUUCUGGCUUCGUGCAGACAAAACUAGCUUCAUUUCUGAGCUAAUACGCUAGCAAGAUAGUUUACAAGCCAGGACAGUUUUUAAUAGGACGGAAUUCUAGUUUUUAGGCCAGUAUGGCCCCCGCCGCUGAUUUUACUAUUCUGGCUUGUGUACUAACUUUAUGUGGCCGGCGUAGCCAGUUUUCAGUUCAAUAGUAAGCAGGAACCACGCGUUUCGUUUUUUUGUUCUAGCAGCUGUAUUAUGAGUUUUAGUCUUAGGGUCCUUUUAAUAAAAUUCAACAACAUACAAUAAAAAAAAAUAUGGAUAUUACAGUAAGUACACAUUAUUUUACACACGAUGGUGGUUCUUUUGAGGUCUAUCUUAUCGGCAUUGGUUUCCACACACUUUACCUUGUCUAGCGCGAUUGGCACAGUUUUCUAAACUGUUUCAGUCGAAUAGUUUAUUUUUUCGCAUGCUCUUCAUUUUGGAUGUGUGGUCAACUCAGUCACUGAAAUAGUACUAGCUUAAAAUAAACUAGCCUGAUGUAAUAAAUAAUCAAUCCUCGUGUAGCCCGGGCAGUCUUCAAAAUACGUAUUUAGUCGUAGUAACCUCUUUUUAAUUAAUUGUUGUAUUAAAUUUUGAUCUUGUGCUUUCAAAACUUCGAUUUAUUAAAUGAUAAGUCUUUUUACGUCUCUUGUGUUGGAUGUUUGUAUGUAAAUUAUCAGAUACUGUUUGUAAAUUUGUGAAUGAAAUGUUGAUCUCUUUCGAAUGUCGUGUAUUUUGUUUAUAAACUUAAUUUGAUUAUUAUGAAUUAUCAUUUUAAGUUUCAAUUGUAAUGAUUGAUAAAUCUAAAAAAACUUCCUUUACCCUCUCAGGCAGUGCUGUUGGUAAAUGUCAUUGUUGUAAAAGAUUAUUCCGAUAUUGAAAUCCUUAGGAAUUAGCUUUCACACUAUGCAUAGAGUUCAAUAAUGUGGUGAUUUUAGCAUAAUCAGUAAACCAUCCUCGAAACUGUAAUCAUAUAUUAAAAUAGAUUGUCUUAUGUUAAGUUCGGAUCUCGUAUGCUUGCUGUCAUAUGCACUCGCUUCAAACUUCCCCAAUGCUUAUAAGUAGUGAAAAAUCGUACGGUUGUGUUGGUUCAACUACAGCAACAAAUAGGCUCAGUUAGUACCAAAGUAUGGGAGUAAUAAUAAGAUUCACUAUUGACAUACACCUUACAUUCAACAUGACCGUGAAAACGUACACAAUAGGCGGCCUUAUUGCUAAACCGCAAUCUCUUCCAGGCAACCCAUGACAGUGAAAUAAAUAAAUAAGAGGAACAAGUAGGAAAAAUUUAAUAAAGAAAUCUCGGAGUAAUACGAAUAGGAGAUCCGACUAUAGUUUUCAUAACAUUACUAAGAAACUACAUGUAAGUUAUAUCAAAUGUUAAUACAUAUUGUGAGAUUUUUAACGAUUACCUUGUUAUAUACCGAAUGAAAGUAUAAUCUCGAGUAUUUUUAUAUUUUUUAAUAUUUUAUAUGAAAUCGUAGUAUUGAAGUAUUUUUUAACGUGUUUUGUGGCAAUUGAUUGUGAUAGUUUGUAACAGUGCUUCCAAAUUAAUACUUUUCCAAUACAUUAAUUAAGAAACUUAUUAUAAUUAUAUAACCUUGGGGUGCUUGCUAAUCACACUUGGUACUGAAUAUUUGAAUUUUUAAUUCAUAAAUUAUCGAUUUGUUACUAGUUGUGUCAGAGCUACCCCAAAGGUCUUGCCUGAAUAUUAUCAAGAUAAAGGAUAUUUGUUAUGUUGUUAAAAUGUAACACAAAGUGAGAUAUGAAUACUAAAGUUUAUUGAAUGUUUAGUGAGUACCUAUACUUAUUAUUUAGUUUAAGAAUGAAAUGUGAAUGUAAAUAUUCUUUUCAUGUCAUAUUCAAUAAAGUGCCAGAUAAUUUUGGAUUCAAUAUAAAGCAUUCGUUUUUUUAAUGAUCAUCCUUAAAAAACAUAUCAACAAUAUCUACCUUGAAAAAAAAUUUGAGUAAACUUGAAUUUAGUAAAUAGAAGUGUUUUGGAGCUGAGUA